GCAAAAGAAAGUGAAGCGGCUCCUCCACACGCGGGCCGCCGGUGCAGACUGCAGUCUCUCCUUUCUGACGCUUGGCGUUUCCAAGGGAAAGACCCCUCUGUUGCAUGCUAGCGAUAAAGCGGAUUUCCUAGUCUCGUCGUCGUGAGACUGCAUCGUGACACGACAAACGACAACGAAGAGAACUCUUUAGGGAGAGACAAACGCGCGUUUGUCUUUUUCUUCGGACUCUCAUCUCCUUCCGCUUCCAGUGUCUCGUCGUUUCCCGCGACUCGCGUCUGUCUUCUCCCCGUGUGUCUCCCCGGAUUUCUGCCAAGAAGUCGCCAAAAUGCCAGCACCUGGAGGCUCCGUCCUCCUGGGUUUCAGACGCGCUGUCUCCGGCCGUCGCUUCGCUUCUUCGCUGUCUCCUCCGAGCACCCUCCUCUUCCCUUCUUCCUCUUCUUCCUCUUCUUGUUCUUCUUCCUCUCGUGUCUCUGCCUCUGGUGUCUCUUCUACUCGUUUCUGUUCGUCUUGCUUCUCUGCGUCUGUUGGUUUCACUGGGAGGCAUGAGGUGUGGAGGCGGCGCAGUCUGUUGACGACGUCGAGUUCUGCUUCUGUCUUCUGUGACGCUCCCCACUCACUUGCUUUCCCCUCCGUUUCGUCUCUGCCAGUGGGCGACGGUGGAUCCGACUUCUCUCUCAGACUCGCUUGCGCCUUCUCCUCGACCCCUGGCAGGCCUGCGUCUCCCGGGGAGGCUGCACACCCGGGGGACAAGGCCGAGAAAGAGAAGCCUGUCGAUUUGCCUCUCCUCUUCGACGGCGGGGAAGAGCGCCUGAGUCCGCAGCAAGUUGCAGAGAAGGAGCAACUGAUAAAGGAGCUCACGCAGCGUUUGAGCGGCCCUCUCGCAGACUCCAAUGGAAAUGUGCCGACUGGCGCCGCGCGACCGAUCGCGAUUGAGGUCGACGGGCCUACUCACUUUUACGCGAACAGUACGCGGUACACAGCGUACACCAAGUUGAAGCACAGACUCCUCACUCGUAUGGGGUACAAAGUUCUCCAUGUCCCUUACUUCGAGUGGAGAAGACUCAGAGGCCAGAAAGAACGCGAAGAGUACAUGCGGCGAAAGCUGAUGGAAGAGCCGACAGAAUGGCUGGACCCCGAAGAUGAAAAGUUUUACAACGAAAGAAUGAAGGUUCUGAAGCAACAGUACGAAGAAGAAGCGAGACGCGCUGCAGGUCUUGGGCCAGAAACCGCGGCUGGCGCGGCAGAGUCGGUCUCUGCCGUCUCCUCGGCUUCUCCACAAAUGCCUGAGACUCGCAUGUCUCCGUUUGAAUCGUCUCCGUUGAAUGCGAAGGCAGAGAGAGAAAGAGACACGAGAGGCCCCCCGCGGUCAGGCGAGGGGAGAGAGCGAACGCGCGAAGAUCCAGAAAGACGCCUUCAGUUUUCUCCUCCUGUUCCUCCUCGUCCACCUCCACCUCCUCAAGGGCGGCCGCCUUACCAGUUUUUCAGCUCCUCUGGACCUGAUGGAGUUUCGGCUCCUUUCCAUCCUCCUUCUCGCCCCCCGCCGCUUUCUUCUCCAGGGAGAGGCUCUCCAGGAUGGCCUGUCCCUCCCUACGGGGCUCCGCAUCCUCCCUAUGCACAGGGUCCGCCAGCCUAUCCUCAACCGUCGAAUCUACAUCCUCCUCAGCAUCCCCAUCGUGCUGCCUACCCUGUUGCUUCCGCUCCUUCCUCUCCUCUCUCUCCUCCUACUCUUUCUCCUUCUCCUCCUCUCUCUCCUUCUCCUCCUCUUUCUCCUUCUCCUCCUCUUUCUCCUCCUCUUUCUCCUUCUCCUCCUCAGUCUCCUUCUCCUCCUGUUUCUCCCCCUCCUCUUUCUCCUUCCUCUUCCUCUCCCUCUUCUUCGGCGGACGCGGGGAGUAUGGAAGAGACAAUUGCUCAGAUUAAGCAAAAGCAAGACGAACUCGCAAAGAUGCUGGCGAAGUUGAAGAGUCUCGAGGAGGCUGUGGGCAAGAACGAAAGCGACGCAGUGGGAGAGGGAGAGGCGCCGGGACAGAGUGAAGGCCGAUGAAAGAGGGACCUCGAACGCUAGCGGAGAUAUAGAGAACAGUGCAGACGACAGAAGACAGUGAAUACAGAAGAAGGGUGGAGAGACAAGAAGAUAGAGGAGACGGUAGGAGGAAAACGAUCGAAAAAGAUGAACGCCGUGGACUGGAUAGGGGGGGAAGGCAUGGGCAUGAGGGCAAUGAAUAUAAAAAGUGCAUGCACAGCGGCGAAGGAAAAGAGAAUGAAGCCGCAACCAAGACCGAGCCGUGGUAGCCUGAGAGCACACGAGGACCUCUUCUGUCUCUAUGGUCUCUUCUGUCUCUGUCUCCGGUUUCCUAGCUGCACCUGUGUAGGACGUAUUAGAAGAUUUAAAGUUUUUCUUUCAGUCGGGGCAAAAAAUGCGUGGAUAGGUAAAGCAAUUUCUCCUGAGAUUGAUCCGGUUGUUCGGAGGAUGAAUGCGGAGUAGACACAGCUUUUCAAACCUGGUUUCAUUUCCCGCGGCUGGAAGCGGCCCGAGGAGGGAAUGCCAAGAACGUGACGCGUGCAUGAAUGCAUGCGUGCAAUCGUGCGCCUCGCCUGUUAAGGCAAAACAGGCGAAUUAUGCAUGCUUCUACUCGAUUUGCAUGCAACUACAAAUUCGGUGGCUGGGUGUACUUUGGAAGGCGUGGAUUAUAUCAACACGAGCCUCUCGGGACUUGCAGAGUUCGCCUGUUGUCUCCAGAUUAGGUGGCGUCAAUAGCGCAAAUGGAGUUUUCGUUUUUCCUGCUCGCCUCCGUAUCUUUUCACCUUAUUGGUCGUCGCGCGUUCGUUUCCUUUUUCCGCUUAACUCCGACGACCUCGUCCCUCCAAGCACCGCUGCAGAGUGCGGCAGGACAGCGUAUGAAGAGGAAAAAGUUGCUCAAGAAAGAGUGAAGAGUGCAUUGAUACUUUGCCUGCGAUCGGGCUUGCUCUUUUGUCUUUUCAUUUGUUUUUAAAACUCACGCGGUCAGCCUCCCGCGGCUCCUCAGCUCAUCGACGUUCCCCUGUCUGCUCGAACCCAAAACGCGCUUCAUUGAAAUCGACGUUCCCCA